AUGUUCAUCGCUCCGGCAAAGUGGUUGCUUUUUCAAGAUCGAAAAACGAUGACCGACAACGAUGAUAACGUCAAUUUAACUUUUACGUAUGAUGACUCUGUGUUGGAAAUUUUUGAGGAUUUCGCGAUUUAUCCUGAUAGCGAUGUGAUCCUCGCGCGAAGAUUCGAUGGCGAUUUUCUCGAAUUAUUAUCCAUAUAUCGACCAAGUUCACAGAAAGAUGUAAUAUGGGAAAAUCGUGGAAACUGGACGAUCGAGAAUGGUUUGCAAAUGAGCACUUUCGAUGUGGCUUCAGCACGAAGGAGAAACCUUCAACAGACGGCUCUUAAAUCUUGUAUCGUGGUGACGGAUCCUAGCACCAUCAACCAUUUGACUGACUUCAAGGAUAAAUUCGUAGAUGCUCCCACAAAGGCUAAUUAUCCUUGGAUACUGCAUUUAGCGAACCGAAUGAAUGCAACGAUAAAUUUUGAAAUCACGAACAAUUGGGGAUAUCGCACUAAGAAUGGUUCUUGGAGCGGAAUGACUGGAAUGUUGGAACGGCGUGAAAUUGAUAUCAGCGGUACCCCCUCAUUUCUCGUGCCGGAACGUAUGGAUGUUAUUCAAUACAUCCCAUUGUAUACACAUACGAGGUUCCGUUUCGUAUUUCGGCGACCUUUACUGUCAACUGUGAGCAACAUAUUUACUCUGCCUUUUCAACGAAACGUCUGGAUAGCAAUUGCAGUAUUUCUCGUUUUGGUCUUCUGUUUGCUCUACUUAUCCAUCAAAUGGGAAUACCUACGCGGUAGGAUGACAAAAUCAGCAGCCUACUGGAACCAACUAAAUCCCAGCAAGCCAACAAUCAGCGAUAAUCUUCUCAUUCUUUUAGGCGCAUUUUCUCAGCAAGGAUAUUGGUACGAACCCUACAGAGUUUCGUCUCGAAUUGUCACUCUUAUGUUAUUACUGGCCUCGAUGAGUCUAUAUGCGGCUUAUACAGCGAAUAUCGUGGGUUUGUUGCAGUCUACCGCGGAUUCUAUCAAAACUCUUCCCGAUCUUUUAAACGGUCCUUUAAAUCUGGGCGUGCAGGAUGUAGUAUAUAAUAGACAUUAUUUUAAGUCUGUCCAAGAUCCCGUUAGGAAGACAAUCGUAGAACAACGAAUCGAGCCGAAAGGAAGCAAAUCUAACUGGAUGUCUAUAGAAGAAGGUGUACGUCGCGUAAGAAACGAACUCUUUGCAUUUCAUGGGGAAAUUGGUUCAAUUUACCAACUGAUGCAAGACACGUAUUUGGAAGAGGAGAAGUGCGGUUUAACCGAAAUCGAUUUUCUAAAUGUCGUGUAUCCGCUGAUUAUGAUACAAAAGCAAUCACCUUACUUAGAGAUAAUAAAAAAUGGAGCUCUAAAAUUGCGAGAAUACGGACUCACAUAUCACGAGGAAUAUCACUUAUAUACGAGAAAACCAGUAUGUUCGAGUCAAACUAGUUUCAUCACUAUCGGUUUCACAGAAUGCUACUUCGCGCUGGUCAUAAUGGGCUACGGAAUACUUUUUUCUGUAAUCGUAUUUGCGUUCGAGUUAUUGUGGCAUAAGAGACAAACUAUGCAUGCAAUAAAAGAAAUGUCAAACGCAGAAAUUGACAUUGUGGAAUAUCUUGACAAUACGCAAAAAGAUUACGGUUAUAACGGAUGUCUAAUCGAUACUGUCGACAAUCCUGAAAGGAUCUAUUUGCAAUCGCUUAGCGAAUACAAAAGCAAUUGGAAUGUUUUUUGUCGUUCUAUGCAUCCUUGCAAUGAUACGAUUAAAUUAUCAAGGGAAAUGUCGAAUCAUUAUUUGGCACAUUGCAUUCAUAACUUUGUCGAUGAUCUUAAAGAAAGAAUUUAUAACAAUUUGGAACAUCGGAAUCUGUAUGUACUAGAUCUGAACUGUGAUUAUGCUAUAAAAAUUUUACGACAGGCACAUUCGAAAAAAAUGUUCAUCGCCCCGACGAAGUGGCUGCUCCUUCAGGAUCGAAGAAUGUUGAUCGAUAACGCCAACGUAACUUCUACAUAUGAUAACUUAGAGAUAUUUGAAGAUUUAGCUAUCUAUCCUGACAGUGACGUGGUAUUCGCUCGAAGAUUCGAUAGUGAUUUUCUUCAACUGACAUCAGUAUAUCGACCGAGUCCACAACGGACAGUAAUAUGGGAAAAUCGUGGAAACUGGACAAUCAAAAAUGGUUUACAAAUGAGUACUUUCGACGUGGCUUCGGCAAGAAGAAGGAAUCUUCAGCAGUCACGUCUUAAGUCCUGUCUCGUGAUGACAAAUCCUGACACAAUUAAUCACUUAACUGAUUUUAAAUAUAAUAUGAUAGAUCCUAUAACAAAGCUGAAUUAUAUCUGGAUACUUCAUUUAGUAAAUCGGAUGAACGCAACAAUAAGUUUCGACAUUUCCAACAAUUGGGGACGUAUUAAUAAUGGAUCCUGGGAUGGGAUGGUCGGAAUGCUGCAACGACAUGAAAUUGACAUUGGCGGCACUUCUUUGUACAUGCUGACGAAUCGCAUUCAUAUAUUAGAAUACAUUCAUUUAUACACACGCUCUGGUUUGUGUUUCGUGUUCCGACGACCAUUAUUGUCGACCAUAAAAAACAUCUUCACCUUACCCUUUCAAAGAAAUGUCUGGAUAGCAACCGGCAUAUUCCUCGUUCUCGUCUUUUGCUUGCUAUACAUGUCUAUGAAAUGGGAACACUAUCGAAAUACUUCGAAAAAAUCGGCAGCUUACUGGAAUCAAUUAAAUAUUAGCAAACCAACAAUCAUCGAUAAUUUUCUCGUUAUUUUAGGUGCAUUUGCGCAACAAGGAUAUUCGUAUGAGCCAUAUAGAAUCCCAUCUCGAAUCAUCACUCUUAUGUUAUUACUGACCUCGCUAAGCCUUUAUGCAGCUUACACGGCGAAUAUAGUGGCUCUCUUGCAAACUACCACGGACUCAAUCAAAACCCUUUCCGAUCUCUUGCAUAGUCCGUUAAAUUUAGGAGUACAAGAUGUAGUAUUUAAUCGAUUGUAUUUCAAGGCUUCUCAAGAUCCUAUCAGAAAAGCGAUCGUGGAGCAGAAGAUUGAACCGAAAGGGCACAAAUCGAACUGGAUGAGUCUCGAAGAAGGAGUACGCCGUGUAAAAAAUGAACCUUUUGCAUUUCAUGGUAUACGAAGCCCGAUGUAUCAAAUUAUUCAGCACACCUAUCGAGAAGAAGAGAAAUGUGGCCUAACUGAGAUUGAUUAUUUGAAUGAGAUAUACCCGGUUAUUGCAAUCGCGAAAAGAUCACCUUAUUUGGAGAUAAUAAAAAAUGGAGCUUUGAAACUACGAGAAUAUGGUCUUAUGUAUCGCGAUGAGUAUCGUAUAUACAUAAAAAAACCGACUUGCUCGAGUCAGACUGGCUUCAUCACCAUCGGUUUUACGGAAUGCUAUUUUGCGAUAAUCACAAUGGGCUACGGAGCGCUAUUUAGCGUAAUUAUAUUUGCUCUCGAACUGUUAUGGCACAAAAGACAAAGUAUGAAUAUGCUAGAAGAGACAGUUCCAACUAUGGUAGAAGAAAGGAAAUCUGGAAUCAUUGACGCGCGCGAGUGCAAUAAAUUAGACUAUUGUGAGAAAAAUGUGUAUCUAUUUGGCGAAAUUUAA